GAAUCCUAUCGCGCGUUGCUCGCGUGUUGUGUAUUAUUGGUCUGUUCUUUUUAGCUGCACUGCACAACUAGUAUAAUAAGGUUAGAAAUAUGAGAUAACUAUAUUUUUUCUCACUUCAACUUAUCGCACCAGUUCAGUAGUGCGGCUAAAAAGAACAGACCACAUAUGACGAGAUGAGAGAAACGGGCGUUUGAAUCUCUGGCCAAUUUAAAAUUUUUAACCUAAUCUAACCGAACGCACACAAAGUGUGCGAUACUGAGUACGAUUGUGGAACGAGAAUUUGAUCGACUUCACAGUUCACAUUAAGGAGGAUCUCAUCGAGUUCAUUUCAAGAUGCAAACCAUCGGUGAUCGAGAGAUAGACGAGUCCAAAGAACCCGUCAGGUCGGACGACAAUAACACGUUUGAGGUAGUUCGAAUAGGUUUGCGUGAAGCUGCUCUAACGAAGAGAAAGAAGGAUCGUAUCUCUGCCUGGAAUAAGAAUCGUACAGGCUUAGGGGAAUCUAUCGAGAAUGCAUUCUUCCCGAUUGAUUACGUCAAUGAAAGAGCGAGGUUUCUCAAGAGGAAAAGAAUAUCCCUCGAGGACUACAGAUAUUUGCCCAACGCCCUUAUUCAGCGUGAGGAGAAUAUCGAUUCCUUCUUAAAUGUAGAUCAAAGCUUGUCGGGCUUGAUACGUGAUCUUUCCGGCAACAAUCCAGUCCUCCAGUUAUACGCAGCAAAUUGCUGCUGCAACAUUGCGCUUGGAAAUGUAAAAGCCUGUACAGCAUUAGGGAAAGCUGUCAUUCCAUAUUUGCUCACUGAGCUGGAAAGCUUAAACUAUGCAUUGCUGGACGUGUGUAUCUGGACAAUUGGCAACUUAAUCGCAGGAAGCGGCAGAGCUUUCUCUAUUCUACAUGCGCAACAUUGUCUGAAACACUUGAUUUUAUUAUUAAACAAUUGUGACAAUGCAAUUUAUCCCUCUGUAAUAUAUGCAGUUUUACAUUAUGUAUACAUAGGAUUUCACGACAUAUCAGACAACGAAAUGUCAGAGCUUGUCCAAGCUACUGUAAAACGGAGUCUUCUGUAUAAGGAUUCAAAUUUUGUUUGGCUGUUAGCCCUCUUAUCUUCCUCGACUGUAUUCGCCGUACAUCCGCAUUUCUUAGACUCGUCUAUUUUGUCACAAGUUGUUGAUUAUCUUCAUCACUCUGGCUCGGAUGAGACAGCUGAUGUCAACGAGAUCACAGCAUCCAUACGUAUACUGGCCAAUGCGUUGUGUAACUCUUACGAGGAUAAAAUAGACAUUCUUCUGAGAAAUCCAAAAUAUUCGCAGGAAGAUCUCUGUGCUUUAUUCGACAAGUUAUUGUCACAUCGAUAUGUACAUAUCAGAAAGGAAGCUUUGUGGUUAAUAGGAAAUUUGUACAAUCACCGAUUAUCCCGCAUUGGUCAAAGUAUAAAAGAUAUCGUACCUUUUUCGUCGUCGUUAGAUCAGGCUAUCUUGUCAAUUGGAAACUACGUGUGAAGUAAGAGAGAUGUGUAAGAUAUAUCUUCUUUAACAUGGUACAAAUUUUUUUAACGGUUCCGAGGGGAUGUGUUGAUUUGUCUGCAUGUCUUCUAUGCACUCUACCUUGAUGAUAUUGAAAUAUAUUUGUCCCAAUAGAUUUGCGGUUGGAUGAUUGGCAGCCUUCAAGCACCGAUAAAGCCCCUUGUCGCAAGUACAAUGCGACCUGUUAAUGAUAAAACGUUUGAGUCUGAACGCGCGUUAUAGCGAGUAGUAGCUCCGAAAUCCUCCAUUUAUUUCGAUAGAGGUGAUAUUGGCAAACUUAUGUUGAUUGGGUAUGUGAUUGAUAAAAAUAUUAAAAUAAAAAUUCUUGAACAGUGCGACUUGGUCGCAAAAUAUA